AGAGGGAGAGAGAGAGCACCACGGAGUGGGCAACGUUCUCUCGUCCACCUUCUCUCUGCUACAGAUCGACUCGCCCUUUUCGUUUACUAAGAAAUUCCUCUCUCUUUCAAACAAGUUCAAAAAGGAACAAAAAAUGCUGAGGACUUUAGCUAAUCGAUCGCUGAAGAAGAAGCCGCUACCUUUUCCUCGACCGGAUUCUCCAUUCUCUUCUUCUUCCUCCUCCGCCAGCGUUCUCCCCGAUGGCAUCGAUCGGAGCUCCGACGCCUUUCUCCGCAACUCCACCGCAGCCCGACAGCUCCUCUCUCGGCUCCAUUCCCACGUCCAAAAGGCUUUUGCUGGCGGUGGACCUGAAGCUGUGAGAAGGAACAGAGGCAGGGAUAAGCUGCUGCCGAGGGAGCGGAUCGAUCGGAUGGUUGACGAUGGAUCUUCGUUCCUUGAGCUCUCUCAGCUCGCAGGCUAUGAUUUAUAUGACGAGCCAUUACCGUCCGCUGGGAUUAUUACUGGAAUAGGGCCGGUGCAUGGACGCCUUUGCAUGUUUGUAGCUAAUGACCCCACAGUUAAAGGUGGCACGUAUUAUCCUGUCACUGUCAAGAAACAUCUCAGGGCUCAAGAAAUUGCUGCUGAGUGCAAAUUGCCUUGCAUAUAUCUCGUCGACAGCGGAGGUGCCAAUCUUCCAAGGCAAGCGGAUGUAUUUCCUGACCGAGAUAAUUUUGGUAGAAUUUUCUACAAUCAGGCAAAAAUGUCUUCUGAGGGUAUUCCACAGAUUGCUCUUGUUUUGGGAUCUUGCACUGCUGGGGGAGCUUAUAUACCUGCAAUGGCAGAUGAAAGUGUUAUAGUGAAAGGAAAUGGUACAAUAUUUUUAGCGGGACCUCCCCUGGUGAAGGCUGCUACAGGAGAAGAGGUCUCUGCUGAGGAUUUGGGAGGUGCAGCCAUGCAUUGCAAAGUGUCCGGAGUUUCAGAUCAUUUUGCUAAUGAUGAACUAGAUGGACUAACAAUAGGGAGAAAUAUUGUGAAAAAUUUACAUAUGGCUGGGAAAGGAGUUCAACCUUCUCAUUCUUCUGAUUAUGAAGAACCCUUAUAUGAUGCUGAAGAACUUCGAUCAAUUGCACCAACAGAUCAGAAGCAGCCUUUUGAUAUUCGAUCAGUCAUUGCUCGCAUUGUGGAUGGUAGUGAAUUUGAUGAAUUCAAAAAGCUAUAUGGCACUACACUUGUAACAGGUUUUGCGAGGAUCUUUGGCCAACCAGUUGGAAUAAUAGGAAAUAAUGGAAUACUAUUUACUGAAUCUGCUUUAAAGGGUUCUCACUUUAUUCAGUUAUGUGUCCAACGCAACAUUCCUUUGAUAUUUCUUCAGAAUAUCACAGGUUUCAUGGUUGGAUCCAGAUCAGAGGCCAGUGGUAUUGCCAAAGCAGGGGCGAAAAUGGUUAUGGCAGUGUCCUGUGCUAAGGUUCCAAAGAUAACCUUGAUAGUUGGUGGAAGUUUUGGUGCUGGAAACUAUGGAAUGUGUGGACGAGCAUACAGUCCUAAUUUCUUAUUUCUGUGGCCAACUGCAAAAAUAUCUGUAAUGGGUGGCAUUCAGGCUGCUGGAGUACUUGCCCAGAUUGAAAGGAGCAACAAGAAAAAGCAAAACAUCGAGUGGAGUGAGGAAGAAGAGGAGAAAUUCAAGAGCAAAGUUGUGGAAGCAUAUGAGAGAGAAGGAAGCCCAUAUUAUUCAUCGGCAAGACUCUGGGAUGAUGGCAUCAUAGAUCCUGCCGACACUAGAAAGGUUCUUGGUUUGUGUUUGGCUGCUUCCGUUAAGAGUGUUACCGAAGAGACCAAAUAUGGUGUCUUUAGGAUGUAACCAUCACUUGAUGAGCAAAUAAAUAAUUGAAACCUGUAUGAUAUUUGUCUUAAGAAUUUAGCAUUCUAGCAGAUGUAUUCUGUACUAGCUGUCUAGCUCUAGCACAGAAACUGUUAUCAGGACUAAUGUUUAAGACCAUGUGGUGCAAAGCAGAAGCUCGAUGAUAUUGCUCUUUGUUUUGAUGGUGUGUGUAAAAAGCUGGAGCACGACUCAAUGGAAAUAUUGCAUUAAUCUCUA